AUGAGCAACUCAGUCAAGCCCCAUGAUCAGAGGGGGUCGACCAGGGAGACCCCACACUUAGGCGGCGGGGGAGAGGCUGGCUCCGCUGGUGCCCGAGAGCCCUCGUGCUGGUUGGCAGCGGCGUGUCUGAGCCUGCUCUGUGCCGCCCUCUUCCUGGGCAUCGCCUCGCUGGGGAUCCACUAUCACAGGAGCUCUCUGAAGUCCACUCUGCUGAGUCUGGAGCUGAGGGCCGUGCAGGGGGAGCGGCGGGAGCUGGGCGAGAGCGUGGAGCAGCUGCUGAGGGACUACGCGGAGCUGGCCGGGCACAGGGGGCAGCUCCUGCAGGAGAACGUCAGGCUGUCGGAGGAGAGAGCGCUGCAGGCCCAGCAGCACGCCGCGCUGGAGAGGGAGACGCUCAGGCUCAGGAGGACGCUCACCCAGCUGGCACACCUGCCCGCCGUGCAGCGACACUGCCCUCCCACACCGCUGGGCACACAAGAGCGGGUGUGUACGCCCUGCUUGAGGGGCUGGAGGCUUUUUUCGACCCACUGCUACUUCUUCUCUACGGAGCUGAGGAGCUGGAGCAGCAGCCGCAUGCACUGCCUCCAGCAGGGCGGCGAUCUUGUGCUGAUCGACAGCGUGGAGGAGCAGGAGUACCUCCACAGGCAGACCCCUCAGUACCGAAGCCCAGAGUAUCGCUACUGGAUCGGGCUGAGCGAUGAGGAGGCAGAGGGGGUCUGGGUCUGGGUGGAUGGCAGUCUACCCAUGCAGAAGAGCUUCUGGGUGACUGGAUCUGGAGGGGAGGCCGCUGGUGAGGACUGUGUGUCCAUCCUGAAGGAGAGCAGCCCUGUGAAGAACUGGAGACACCACGACUGCAGCAAGACAUUCAGAUGGAUCUGUGAGAGCCCAGCGCUAGUGGAAACAGCAUGACAC